CUCCUACCGGCAGACAGAUGGGGCCGGCUUUAUAUGCGGAAGUCUCAGUUCCGCUGAGUCCAGUUCACUUCACUGAGAACAGACGGACUAAAGUCACGCUUCUCAUCUGAACAUCAGACCCGGCUUCACAAGGCAAGGUGAAUCAUGAGCAGCAGCUACAGCGUCACACUGGCUGGCCCCGCCCCCUGGGGCUUCAGACUGCAGGGAGGGAAGGACUUCUGUCUGCCCCUCACCAUCUCACGGCUCACUGAUGGAGGAAAGGCAGCCAGAGCCAAGAUGAGUAUUGGAGACAUCAUUCUGUCUAUCGAUGGCAUCUCCACAGACAGCAUGAAUCACCUGGAGGCCCAGAACAAGAUAAAGGCCUGCACAGACCAUCUCAGCCUCACUCUGCAGAGACCCUCCAGUGCCCCUAAAAAUGGAGUCCCUAGGGACGAACCUCAAGAAAUCAUAAAGCCUGUCCCGAUCACUCACCCUGCACCGAGCACCACAUACACCAGGCCAUCCAGUUCGCCCAGUCCUGCUUACAACAAGACUGCCAGGCCUUUUGGUGCUGGCGGUAGGGCAGUCACUGCUUCUCCCAUCCCAGACGCUCCCAAAGUAGCCACCAUCCCCUCUGCAUCAUCCGCUUUUACACCAGCUGCCCCUUCUCAACCACAGCCUCCAUUCCCGCUGAAGUCGAGCCCGGCACCCCCGGACUCAACUCCAGCCAGCUUAGUCCCAAAGCCCAGCUCUGGUCGCUCCCCAUUCACCUCACCAUACUCCUCUUCCUCCUCAUCUAACUCCUCCUCUCCAGCCAGAGUGACAGCCCCCCCUUCCCAUCCUAAUGUCCCACAGCCCUCCGUCUAUAACACCCCAAUCAACCUGUACUCCAGCAACAAUGCUUGUGAGGUGGCUAUUGGGCAGAGACGGGGUCUUUUGGAGAGCCAGGGGCUGUCGGAAAACUUCAAUGGGAAACCAUUUGAGGACCCUGAGAAUCACACGUCCCCACUCAGUGAUUCCAGCAAGAAGCGUCUGAGAGACACGGAGGACUGGCACCCGAGAACCGGCACCUCCCAGUCCCGCUCCUUCCGUAUCCUGGCCCAGCUCACCGGCACUGAAAAUGAACAAGUUCCAGAAAACAGUGGGAAGAAUGAGGCAGUUGACAUCACUGCUCCAGCUGUGCACACCUCGCCUGCAGCAAAAACAUUUUCCAAAUCUGCCGCAGCACCCAAAAACGGCAGCUUCGUCCCUGCAUCCUCGUACAAAAGCCCGGCGGCCCAGAACAAGCCUUCCUACCAGCCCGGGGGUCCAACAGGUUUUCCUAAGGGUGGAGCAGUUCCUUCAUUCGGCAAAGUUACUAACCUGACUCCUAAAGGUCCAGACCGUCCCACCCCACAGCCACACCCACAGGACCUCAACUCUCUGGUGCAGCGGGCGGAGCACAUCCCAGCUGGCACCCGCACCCCGAUGUGCAACAAGUGCAACAGUGUCAUCAGGGGGCCUUUCCUCGUGGCCAUGGGCAUGUCGUGGCACCCUGAGGAGUUCAACUGUGAUCACUGCCAUUCCUCCCUGGUAGAACACGGCUUUGUGGAGGAGAAAGGCCAGGUGUACUGUGCAAACUGCUACGAGCAGUUCUUCGCUCCCACCUGUGGCCGCUGCAACCAGAAGAUUCUGGGGGAGGUUAUGAAUGCUCUGAAACAGACCUGGCACGUGUCCUGUUUUGUCUGUGCCGCCUGCUACCAGCCAAUCAAAGGCAACAUGUUCCACAUGGAGGACGGACAGCCGUACUGUGAACAAGACUACUACAGGCUGUUUGGGACCAACUGCCACGGCUGUGACUUCCCCAUCGAGGCGGGGGAUAAGUUCCUGGAGGCUUUAGGAUUCACCUGGCAUGACACCUGCUUCGUGUGUGCGGUCUGCUCCACUAGUCUCGAAGGUCAGGCAUUCUUCUCCAAGAAAGACAAGGCUCUGUGCAAGAAACAUGCUCACACUGUCAACAUCUGACCUGCUGCCAUGAACAGCGAUGGGGAAGGGUUUACAGCAGUGUAUAGAUCAGUAAGAUAGUUUCUGAAUUCAAACUUUGUAUUCUGGUAACAUUGGGUAAGAGGUUCCACUAUAAGCUUUAUCUUUGCUUUAACAUUGUUGUCAUAUAGUAUGCAGGAGUACCCCGCUAGAUGAAUAUCUGCGCAGAGGUUUUGUUCCCCAAAUGAAUAAUUAGUGCUCAGCUUUUUACGAGGCCUGCGGUGACACAAGCCCUUUUGCAUCACACAGUACAAGAUAGUUCACUGCAAUGACCUACUGAGGGCCUCAGGAGCCACAGACAUUAUUAGGAUAAAAAAAAAAAAACAUUAAUACGUGAAAGGUAAAGAAAUUAGGAUUAUUUAACAUUAAAGUAAAUAUUUAUUUGAAGGCAAGGAUUGCUCAGUAAGUAUGUGCUGGGGCAAAAAAAAGUCCUCUGGACUAAAGAAGAAAAUGGGAUAUUUUAAUAUUACUAUUCUUUUUAUUGUUUCCUGUGUACAGCAGUGUGUUACUGAGACACUGCACAGAUCACGUUGUAUUGUUAUUGCAUAACAAUUCUAUGCAAGAAAAAACAGGUGAAUAAAAGAUCAAUGUUUGGUCAUUUAUUUGUAUAUUUUGUGAUAACUUUAAUUCAGGGGCAAAAUGGUUUAUAAGGAGACAUGGAUCCUCUUUAUUCGACUACUUCCAGGCCUUUGAAUUAAUAUAAUUUGAAUUCCAUUUUGAUAGAUCUGUAGCCCUCCAUUGUGCUAACUUGAUUUUAUAUCCAUCAGGGUGCAUCUUGUUGUUUUUGACUUUGUUUGUAUGUGUACUUCUUUUUAUGUUUCAUGAAAUGUGUUCAAUUAACACAAAUAAUGUUAAUAUAUAUUUCAGUUUUCUGUUCUACAUUAUUUCUUUCAUUACAGAAAUAACCCUCAUGUAUGUUUGUACUUCUGCUAUCGAUCCUUCAUUGGUUACUGCAUAAAAACAACACCACCAAUCUCCUUACUCUCAUUUCAAUAAAAGGGUUCAACAUUG